UUCACCCUUCUCUGCUCCUAUGGAAACGAGGCUAUGUGUCAUCUUCAUAAAGUGUUUCAUUGGUCUUCUGAUGAAAAAUGAUGCUGAAGUCAAUACCAGAAAGAAGACAUUCACUGAGGUCCAAACAGAACGACUGGAUCAAGCUGAACGGACUGUUUUAAUUAAAUGCCCAUCAAAACUUAAUGAAAAAAAGUUAUUGCAGUAUUUAUCCAGUCAUGGAAACGUUAGAAGUCACUUCUUCUUUGAAAAUCGUGGCAUCAAUGCUUUAGUAGAGUUUUCAGAAAAGAGCAGUAUAGCCUCGUUGCAGGAUGCUGUUGGAAUCCCAAAUGCUGCAGAGCAUCAUGUUGUCCCAUUUAAAUCAAGACUUUUUACUUUCACGCUGAAAAACCCAGUGAGUCAACCUGCUGAAGAGACACCACUUCACCUCUCUCCUCAGUGUCACAUUCCAGUGACAGGCCUUAUUCAAAAGCUUUGUCUUGCAGACAAUAUAAGCAGUCAGAUGUACAUUCUACUGAAUGAGUAUCAGCUUACAGAAGAAAAUAUCAGGCUCCGAUUUCUGGCCUGUUCUUUGGUUCGGGAUUUUGCACGGGCAUAUUUUCCAGACAGCACAGUAAAGCCAUUUGGCUCUUCAGUCAACACCUUUGGCAAACUGGGAUGCGAUGUGGACAUGUUUCUGGACUUCCAUGAUACACAAAAGAGUCCUACAAAAAUGAAAAAAGGUCCCUUUGAAAUGGAGUUUCAGAUGAAAAGAUUACCAUCUGAAAGAUUAGCGACUCAGAGGAUUCUUUCUGUGAUUGGUGAUUGCCUUGAUAAUUUUGGUCCUGGAUGUGUGAGUGUACAGAAGAUACUCAAUGCUCGCUGCCCUCUGGUGAAAUUUUCCCAUCAGCCGACAGGAUUCCAGUGUGAUCUGUCAGUGAGCAACAGCAUUGCUAUCAGAAGUUCAGAACUCUUGUAUAUCUAUGGCUGUCUGGAUUCCCGUGUACGAGCGCUGGUGUUCACUAUACGGUGUUGGGCCCGUGUUCACGGACUUACAAAUAGUGCUCCUGGUACCUGGAUUACCAACUUCUCUCUGACCAUGAUGGUCAUGUUUUUUCUGCAAAAGAGAUCACCACCUAUCAUUCCAACACUAGACCAACUUAAAGAACUGGCAGGUGCAAAAGACAAGCAUAUAAUUGGAGGAUAUGAUUGCUCUUUUGUUAGUGAUUUAAGGAAGAUUAAACCUACAAAAAAUACAGAAACACUUGAUGUAUUGUUGGGUGAGUUUUUUGAAUAUUUUGGAAACUUUGAUUUCAGAAGGAAUUCCAUAAAUCUUCGAAAGGGAAAGGAAGUAAAUAAACCUGAGUCAUCUCCUCUUUAUAUCUGGAAUCCCUUUGAACAAGACCUUAAUAUCAGCAAGAAUGUUAAUCAGCCACAGCUGGAGAAAUUCAUAGCUAUGGCCAGAGAAAGUGCCUGGAUUUUACAGAAGGAAGAUAAAACUCAGAGAAUAAUCAGUAAAGAACCUUGGGGACUGGCAGCACUGCUGAUACCGUUUGGGAAAAGUAAUUCCAGCAAGAUGAAGAAUAGGAUGAAAGGAAUAGGAAGUGAAACAAUCAGAAGCCUCUUGGACUCUUUAAAGUUAAAUAAUGCAAACAGCCAACAAAAAGCAGUGGGAAAAUGACUUUCAGCACAGAAACACAGUAGCUAAUAUUCUGUUUUAGGAACUGUAUGUGACAUGCAGUCCGAAGAACAUAACUUUUAAUAUUUCUGUUAUGGGGAAUGGAGAGUCAAAUGAUCUCUGUUUUUCAUUGUGAUUCUUUUUGUACAGGUCUCCUUUCUGUACAUUUUUCUCCUCCUUGCUCUUCACUUUUCCAUCUGCUUUAUGAACGAAGAAUAUUCAAAUGGAAAUUUUACUGGUACAUUUUGGAAAUAGCCUUCAGACUGACAGGAGCAGAAUGGGAAAGAGCCUUUGGGAAUUCUGUUGACUAACAUACAAAUGAUAUGCUAAGUAACAGCUCAAGAAACAGCCACUUUUCAGUGAAACCACAGUUUGAAAGAAGAUGAAUGUGUUGGAACUAUUGCUUCCAAUCCAGUCAUGUACUGAAAGCCAGUAAAACCGAAGUGCAUGCAUCUAUUUUUGCUAUUGUUUUCCAUUCAUGUAGAUAGUGCCAAGACAAAAUAAAGAUAAUGGAAUUAGAUAGUAGGGUUUGCAGUUUCCUAAAGCAUUGCUCUCCAA